AUGCCUACUCUUUCCUGUCAUUUAGUAAAAACUUCCCCCAACAAAGAGUUGAUUUCAUGGGAUAUGCCAAACAUACCUUCAAUGGCUUCUUCUUCAACUUUAUCCAUCCACAAGAGCUAUCAAUAUGAUGUCUUUUUGAGCUUUAGAGGUGAAGACACCCGUAAGACCUUUGUUGAUCAUCUAUAUGCUGCUCUUGAGCGGAGCAGAAUUCACGCCUACAAGGAUGAUGAAAGACUCCAGAAAGGAAAAAAGAUCGAUGAAGAGCUCUUGAAGUCGAUUGAAGAUUCAAAAAUCUUUAUUAUUAUUUUCUCACUGAACUAUGCAUCUCCAUCUUGGUGCUUGAGGGAGCUUGUCAAGAUUAUGGAGUGCCAAAAAUCAAAUGAUCAGUAG